GUUAUUAUCUGUGUGCCAGUGAUCAGUGCAGGAUGGUCUUGCCAGAUCUUCCCUCUGAGGCGGUUGUGCAGUCUAUAACUGGCUGCUUGUUAAACAAGGGCAUUUCCAUUUGUUAAUUGAUGCAAUUACGCCCUCCUGGUAAUGGGCACCAGGGGGCUCCAGGCGGCCAUCAAUCACCCUUCCAUUGACCUGUCAAAGCCGUGCUAUUCCGUUCUUCUGGGACCAGUCCGAGCGCUAAUCGAGAAAAAUGGAGACAUCAUCCUCUUUAAUUAGGGUCUGGCCCUUUGGCCACCUUUUUGAGAAGCCAGCAGAGGAAGUCUUUCUAAUUCAGGACAUCAUUUUCUGAUGAAUUUAUUUUCAUGUUUCGGUGUGUGCGUGUGUGUGUGUGUGUGUGUGGGGGGGGGGGUAUAUGUUAAAGCGAGGUUUGCCAAUGUCCUGCCCCCAACGCCCUCCAUGCCCCAUGGCCUUACCAGUUUGUGAUUUAUUUGUGGCUUGACAGUCUACGGGCAAAUGAUAAAGGGCGAGGUUCUUUGUAUGCCUUAAUUAUUAUAAAGUUAUCUUGUAGCAGUUAAAAACUAAUAUGUGAAAGUCAGACUUGAACGCCAAACCAAACAAAAGGGACGUGUUUGAAUUCUAAUAGUAAAUAAAGCACAGAUGUAAAACUGCAUACUGUGGACUUUAAAUGUCCCAUAUUUGAAUGAUUGUGAAUUAAAUGCCCAUGUUUGAAUGAUUGUAGAGUGUGAAUCUUGCGGCUGAAACGCAUGACUUUUGCUACCUGAGAAUGAAGACUGUGUGUUCUUCACCCUGUAAACUUAGGGACAGAGCUUACGACCUACUUAACUGUACUUUCAAAAAGGAAAAAUAAAUAAUGCAAAAAAAAAAAACAUCGCCUUUGCAUUAAACGGAAAAUGGAAAGCAACUCCUUUUGAAUUGAUUGUAUACCUGGAAGAACAUUAUUUGUGUUAUUUAUAGAUGAACUAGUCUGCAAAAGCGGGUAUUUUAAAUUAUAAUUCUACAUUUCCAUUAAAAAUCCAAGGGUAUGGCAAAAAAAAAAAAGAAUAGCAGCAAACCUUCUUUCGAUUUAUCUCAUUUGUGCAGCAGAUUGUGUGAAUAUUUGGUCGUGCACCACGGCACAACAUUAACACAACACGAACAAGUGUCGAGUUGAACACAUCUUAGAAUAUUAGAUGUUAGAUAUGAUUGGCAAAGGCAUUAUUACAUCCAUGCUGCCCCGUCGUUUCGGGAUUACUAUGACGUCACGGUGAUACUCUUCCACGGUUGAAUGCUAAAGAACUAUAGAGCAGCAAAUAAUAAAACAAGCAGCCUCGAUAUCUUGCAAGACUUCAGCUAAACACAAUCUAUGUUUUUAUGUAAUUCCAAGGACUGUAAGAUGUCACAGAACUGAACGCUUCAGAUGACUGGAUAUACUUAAGUGUAGUCAUCUAUUAUUAAGGGAAAGCUGUGUCUGCUUGAAAUGUUUGCAUGAGAAUGUGUGCAUUGGAAAUAGUUGUGUAGCUACUACUAUCGACCUGGGGUGAAAUAUAUUUCCUGUGUUGACAGCACUGAAUCGCAAUGUCCUUCUCUCAGUUUGGUUAUCCAUACACUAGCACUUCACAGAUUUUUGUAUCCGCGACUCCAAGCACCAAUUGCUGUGAAGUUACCUCCAGAUCGGUUGCUAAUGUCUCUUCCCCAGCCGGUUCUACUCCGCCUGCUGCCAUUUGUUGUCCUUCUUAUGAAAGCAGACUUCUCACCAGCAGUACGAAUGAACUCAGUGCUGCCCUUCAGGGUAUGUACAGCUCACCUUAUGCAGCUGCAGCAGCUGCCGCCGCCACGCAGAGCUACGCAGCGAGCUACCUGCAGUCCUACAGCAGCGAGCCAGGUGCACUUUAUUCAACGCUGAAUUCUCAGUAUAAUCUUAAGGAUGACUCAAGUUUGCACUCUGGAAUCUCUCAGGCGGCUACAUUCUACUCCUACGACCAUUCCCUGGGGCAGUACCAAUAUGACAGGUAUGGGGCUGUGGAUUUUAGUGGAAAUACAAGACGCAAAAAUGCAACACGUGAGACUACCAGUACCCUUAAGACGUGGUUGUAUGAACACAGAAAGAACCCCUACCCCACAAAGGGAGAAAAAAUCAUGCUGGCCAUUAUUACUAGAAUGACUUUGACCCAAGUGUCCACAUGGUUUGCGAACGCAAGAAGGAGGCUUAAAAAAGAGAAUAAAAUGACGUGGUCUCCAAAGAAUAAAGCAGAGGACAGAAAAGAUGUGAAUGAUAAAAGGAGUGACGAGGAAAACAGCACAGAAAGUUUAGGGAAAGGUGGGAAUGAUUGUAAAGAAGAGCAUAUUAUAAUGAGUGACCUGGACGACUUAGAGGAAGGCGAAUUAGAAAAAAGAAGCAUUAGUCAUGCAAAGAUACAAACUGAAAGCCAAGUCAUAAGCAGCUUAGUAGAAUCGGGUAAAAGUGACUGUAGGCACACGUAUCUACCACAUAUUUACACUUCUGGCUGCAAAAAAACUAACCAAACUGCUACAGCACAAUUUAUAGAGACUAUUGUAGCCAGGUCAUCGAGUUUAUUAGCAUAUCCUAUGCCAAAGCAGCACUGUGAAGCCACCGAGAAACCCCGAAUUUGGUCUUUGGCCCACACGGCUGCAGCAACUCCAUCAAUUGAGUCGGAGAGUAAGGAGCAAAGGACUGAAACUGUGACUCCUGACUGCCAGGUACAGGGGGCAAGGCUGUCGUACGGAACAGGGCUCUGCACUGAAGUCAAGUCCCUCCAAAACGUCAGGAGCCUUCCCAGACAUGAAAAUUACACUUAUGACAAUGAACAACGAGACAGCACGAUUUUCAGGACUUCUUUUAACACACAGUCCUUAUCCCUGAACAGUCCUUCCUACACCACAACAGGGGACACCUGUAAGAUGUCCUCAGAAACUACAGGUUUUUCCAGAGUAAUACAAUCCGGUCAAGUGCACAGAGAUCCGAGUCCUACCUGUGUACUACAAUGCGAAGGAAAACUUAGAACAGCCUUUAGAACAGUUUUGAAGCGCUGAGGUACCAUGCAACUGGCAACACAGCAGUGUAUGGGGAAAUCAGGGAAUUGUCUGUUUUGUACAACACAAGACUCUUACUUUUUUAUUGCACAACAGAGAGAAGAACAAUGCGAUGUGUGCUUCUCGAGUACUUUAAAUGGCACUUGCGUACCAGACAACAGCUAAACGGAACUGGCUCGUUCCACAACUUAAUGGACAGAAACUUGGAGCAGCAUACCAAGGUUGUACAGUUUAGUUAAAACAGUGUGCAGAAAGUAUUAAAGGCUAAAUUUAAAAGAAAAAUGUGAACACAUGAGAUAAACCAUCAGUACACUGAAUCUUUGUGUGUACUACAAAUCUUACACUGUUGCAGCAUGUAUUACUUUCUCUACCAUGUAAAUAUACAUGGAAAACUAAGAAUAAUUUGAGCUGGGAAAUAUCUACCAGUCUUGCCCUGAAGAGGACUGAUGGCAAUGUAUUAACACGUCUCCAUUGAUAUAGAUGUUUCUGUGCGGUGUCUUUUUGAGUAAACUGCCUCAUUAGGGAACAUAACUAAAUAUUCAAUGAAGUGUUUAUGGACAUCAGAAGUAACUAUAAUAUGUGAGGGUGAGACUUAAUCACACAGAAUCACUUCUUUAGUUUCUAGACACUACACGUCUGUGGAGGGAAAUUACUGCCAUACGGCCAUGAUGUGAUGUAUACCAUUGUUACUAAAACAGAACUGACAUGAUUGAUAAACUAGGACAUUGUUUUGGGAUCAUCCUAUUUCAUUUUCAUUAGAAGUCUGGCUUGCAAGGCAGAAGAGAGAGAGAGAGAAGAGAGAGAGAGGGAGAACAUUUCCACAUUAUGGUUGUCUAAUGAGUAUUGCCAUUAUAAACUUCAUGCCCUAAAUAAUGAAGAACAGAGGGAUCCAGACAGAAUACUUCUUUGUUGUUUAUGUUGGGAAUUGGCAGCAAUAAUUCAUUAAUUGAAGGACAUGCUAGGACAUCUCCAAAUCAGAAGAAGAUAGAAGCUCUUUAAAUUUGCAGGAUCGUGUAUUCUAAAUCAGUACAUUUUGGCAGAGCAUUACAGCAAAUGCCUAAAGUUCAAAACAGAGACAGCACAGUUUUGCUGUUACAAAUAACAAAACACUAAGAUUUUGUAGCCUCUUAAGAAAAUGCUUUGUAGUAUGGCAGCUACAACUGUUUUUUAAUUUAUUUAUUAAUGAGUUUUGACAAUGUGUCUCCACAAGAUCUGCUGAAGAUGAGCUUUGUAUAUUGUUUCACUACAAUUCAGGCACUUAAAUUCCUGCACUCCAGUUGUUUUGUUUUGUUAUCUCACAAAUAAAUUAAAAAAAAAAUAUUUUGU